AAAGGAUCGAUAUUCCCAAAGCGGUAGCCAUUGUUGCUGCCCAACCGAGCUCCCAACUGAGCGUAAAACAUCUCUGCGACUCUGAAGCAGAAAGAAACCCGAAAUCCGUAACAAAAAUGUAACCCACGUGAAAUCUACGCCCGCCUCGAUCGGCUGGCUUCUUUUCAACCAAACCAAUCAAAUCCAUCUGAUUCGAGAUCGAUUCUACCGACGAUAAUUCAAAUUUUCCUUCCAAUCGCCAUGGACGGCGGAGGCAGCAAUACGCUCAGCUCUUCGUCUUCCACGGCGCUCCAGAAGAAGGCUGCCCACACCUUACUCGCUUCCAGGCUCACUAACCUCCGAAUUCCUCCUUCCGGCGACGAUUCCUCUCAGGAUUUCGAUUUUUCAGACCUAUUUGGGGCGCCGCCGGCUGGAGCCUCGCCGCCGGCGUCGUCUUCUUCUCACUUCGUCGGAGACCCCCCAAUUAUCCACAAUAGAUCUCACUCCUUCGUCGGGCCUUCUCCCCGUUUUACCCUCUCCAAAUCGCUCCCCAAUUUCGAGCCGGACGAGCAGGACGAGCUCGCUUAUUCCUCCUCCGAUAAUGGCGAUUCGAAGGUUGAAUUAAGCGAAAAGGAGGACGGCGGCGUGGGAAUCGAUCGGGAAUUGGAGGAUGAAGUGCGGAAAUUAGGGCCUGCAGAUUUUGAAAUAAUGAGGGUUAUUGGGAAGGGGGCGUUUGGGAAGGUGUUUCAGGUGAAGAUGAAGGGACGCGACGGCGACGGCGGAGAUGGUUGUGAUGGUGAUGGGAUUUAUGCGAUGAAAGUGAUGAGGAAAGACACCAUAAUUAGGAACAACCAUGUCGAUUAUAUGAGGGCUGAGAGGGAUAUUCUCACCAAAGUUGUGCAUCCUUUUAUCGUGCAGCUUCGGUACUCGUUUCAGACCAAGUCGAAGCUGUACUUAAUUCUUGAUUUCAUAAAUGGAGGCCAUCUGUUUUAUCAUUUGUAUCGACAAGGGAUUUUCAGUGAGGACCAGGCGAGGGUUUAUACAUCCGAGAUUGUAUCAGCAGUUUCACAUCUCCACAAGAGUGGGAUUGUGCAUCGGGAUUUAAAACCGGAGAACAUUCUCAUGGAUGCCUAUGGGCACGUCAUGCUAACCGACUUUGGACUGGCUAAGGAGAUUGAUGAAUCGAGCAGAUCCAAUUCAAUGUGCGGGACGACAGAAUAUAUGGCUCCCGAGAUCUUACUUGCCAAAGGACAUAAUAAAAAUGCUGAUUGGUGGAGUGUCGGGAUUCUUCUUUAUGAAAUGCUCACGGGACAGCCACCGUACACACAUACCAACCGAAAGAAGCUCCAGGAGAAAAUCAUCAAUGAAAAGUUGAAGCUCCCGCCUCGCCUCACAAGCGAAGCUCAUUCAUUGCUUAAAGGGCUUCUUCAAAAGGACCCGUCGAAAAGGCUGGGCAGCGGAUCAAAGGGCGCCGAGGAGAUCAAAUCCCACAAAUGGUUUCGGACAAUCAACUGGAAGAAACUCGAGACGAGGGAGAUUCUGCCCAAGUUCAAGCCGGAUGUGAGCGGGCAAGAGUGCACGGCCAACUUCGAUCACUGCUGGACGGCGAUGCCUGCAGAUGACUCGCCGGCUCCUACUCCGACUUCUGGAGAACACUUUCCCGGCUACACUUACGUCGCCCCGACCCGAUGGCUGCCCUCUCAAUGAAGAAGAAGCUCAGGUGAAUAGAAGAACACAAGGUUUGGUAGUGAGUCAAGUAUUGUUUGGUACUUAGAAUAUUACCAUUUUAUUGCGGAAAAGGAUCAGAUGAAUUUGAAAAAAUUGAACGAGGAGCCAUAUAAGGCGGAAAAGUUCAUCUACAGCUAUGUAGAACGGUAAUAGGAUUGUUGGUAGUACUCGUCGUAUAUGAUUCGACUAAUGUGACUUACUUUGACGAUCUAAUUUAUAAGUUAUUAAACUUGACUAGAUAUUUACUUAAAA